CUGAUAACUCUUCUGUUUUGAAGCGCUUGUUAACUCUGCUCUCCAGAAAACUGUUCAUAUCUACUUCCACUUCUCACUCUACAACUCUUAUCUGCUGCUGCUGCUACUUCACACACACACACUCUCUCUCUAGAACUUUCGCAAUCUCUGCGUAUAGUCGGUCGAUCGAUUCGCUGAUCGGAGUUUCGUUCGCUCAGAUCUCUCCGUUCCCGCGGCCCCCAUGGCUUCCGGACAGACCGUCUCGGCGAUCCUCUCCUCUUCCGUGCUGGAAGACGAUGUCGAGUCCUCCGACGGCACCGACGAUCCGUACCUCGACGGCCAGCACCAUCCUCAGGCUCGCGGCAACCUCUCGCGGCUGUCCGUGUGCAACAGCAGCUUCUCCUGCCCCGACGACGACGUGGACAUGGGCGUGGGCGUAGACGAGGAGGACGUGUACGCGGAUUUCUAUGGCGGCGGCGGCGGCGGCGGCGGGGGAGGGCCGGAUGAUGCGCCCGGCGGGGUCGGCGCCGCGGCCGUGGUGUCGAGCUACCUGUCGAGGUUGUCCGUGGAGAGCUUAGACGGCGACGCCGACGAGGAGCUGUCGGACGAGAAGGAGCGGCUGCCGGGCUGGGGAGCGGCUGAGCUGACGUCGGACUCUGGCGAGGAGCGGGAGUGCUACUCGCUGCCGGCGACGCCGCCGCGGCGGAGGAACCGCGGGGGGUGCGGAGGGGGCCCGGCGAAGUGGAGCUCGGAGGAGCUGAAGGAGUACGCGAGCGAGAGUGAAGGUGGGGCGUGCGGGAGGGCGAGGAAAUACGCGAGGAGGAGGAUCAUAAGGGAGAGGUUCGUGAGCAGCAGUGGUGGCGAGAGCAAUAAGCUCAAGAGAGACGAUUGUUGCUGCAAUAGCUUCAGCGGAGAGAGCGAAGGAGGCGGAGGACUGAUGGUGAUAACGAGGCCAAAGGGAGGGAGGAGGAGCUUGUGCAUGGACUUGGAGGAGGUGAAGGCGUGCAGAGACCUGGGGUUCGAGUUGGAGCACGAGCGGAUGGUGGAGAUGCCGAGUCGGCUCUCCAUCUCCGGAUCCACGCUGGACACGAGCAGUGGCGGGAAUUCUCCGAUCGGCAAUUGGCGCAUUUCGAGUCCUGGUGACGAUCCGCGCGAUGUGAAGGCACGGCUCAAGGUCUGGGCGCAGGCAGUGGCGCUCGCAUCCACGUCUCGUCACGGCAACUGAGUUUUUCGUCUCUUUUGGCUAAUCUUUUGAUCUAUAAUUUUCUAUUUCCGGCUUGAAAUGCUACUUCUCUCCCUUUUUUUUGUUUUAUAUAUAUAAAAUAUUCGGGGGGUUGGAGAUUGGGGGAGAGGGUUCUUCAAUCUUCUACUCUGCAACAGGAAGAGCAUCUUUCACUUUUUAGGGAUUGAUUUCUUCAGAGCUUGGCGUUCUUUUCUCCAGCAGUCCUUGGAUUGGGUUUCAGGGAUUGCGUGGUCUCCGGGGUCUUGGGCGAUCCUGGUCUUCGAUUAUUACUCCUCGCUGUUCAUCGCUUUCUGUACAUAAUAUCAAUAUCAUCAUCAUCAUAUGUGAAUACAAUAAGAAUUUUGUGCAGG